AUGCGGACGCCUUCGAGGGACCGUCGGAGGAGCCUGUUGCCGAGCUACAGGCCGGGCGGCCGGCUGCAGGCGGCCAGCGAGCCGGCAGAGCAGCUGCAGUUCGUCAGGCAGCUGGUGAAGCCAUGGAGCUCCAUGCAGAAUCUGGAGAAAGACGUUUACGAUCUUUACGCCGGCGAGGGGGAGGACGACCGCUCGUCUCCGGCCCGCCUGCUGCUCUCGCCCUCCAAACACGGCACGCUCAACAUCAACGUGGGCGGGAAGGUGUACUACCUGCCCUACAGGUUGGCUGCCAGGUAUCCGAAGACACGGAUUGGCCGGCUGGCCACGUCCAGCGACCACAGCAGGAAGUUGGAUCUGUGUGACGACUACAUCGUCCAGAGCAACGAGUUCUUCUUCGACCGGGACCCCGAGGUCUUCCACAACGUCUUCAACUUCUACAGGACGGGCGUGCUGUGGAUUAAGGACGAGCUGUGUCCCCGCAGCUUCCUGGAGGAGAUCAACUACUGGGGCGUCCGCAUCAAGAACAGCCAUCGCUGCUGCCGCAUCUCCUUUGAGGAGCGACAGGACGAGCUCAACGAGCAGCUGAAGAUCCAGAGGGAGCUUAUGGCAGAGCUGGAGGUGGAGGAGGACGAGGAGUCAUUUCGCGGUAUGACCUUCGGGCCGACCAGGAGACAAAUCUGGAAUCUGAUGGAGAAGCCGUUCUCCUCGGUCACCGCAAAGCUGAUGGCGGUCGCCUCCUCCUUCUUCGUGCUGGUGUCCCUGGUCGCCAUGACGCUCAACACCGUAGAGGAGAUGCAGUACAAGACAGGAUCGGGACAGCUCAGCGGCAGAUUCUACGGCGAAUACGUCGAAACGUUCUGCAUCGCCUUCUUCACCAUGGAGUACCUGCUCCGCCUGGUGUCCACACCCGACCUGAGGCGUUUCGGACACAGCAUGCUCAACGCCGUCGACCUGAUCGCCAUCCUGCCGCUCUACAUGCAGAUGACCCUGGAGUGCUUUGAUGACGAGGACACGCACAGACAUUCAGGAGACAUCGAGACCGUGGCCCAUGUCGGAAAGGUGGGUCAGGUCCUGAGGAUCAUGCGUCUGAUGCGAAUCUUCAGGAUUUUGAAGUUGGCUCGUCACUCCACGGGGCUCCGGGCCUUCGGCUUCACGCUGAGGCAGUGCUACCAACAGGUGGGCUGUUUGCUGCUGUUCAUCGGUAUGGGGAUUUUCAUGUUUUCGGCCAUGGUGUACACGGUGGAGCACGACGUUUACAACACUAACUUCACCUCAAUUCCUCAUGCAUGGUGGUGGGCUGCUGUGAGUAUUUCCACGGUGGGGUACGGCGACAUGUUCCCAGAGACCAACCUGGGCCGUAUGUUCGCCUUCGCCUGCAUCUCCUUCGGCGUCAUCCUCAACGGCAUGCCCAUCUCCAUCCUCUACAACAAGUUCUCCGACUACUACGCCAAGCUCAAGUCCCACGAGUACACGGCGGUCAUCAAGGCCCGUGGGAAGGUGCACUUUGUCAAGAGGGUGGCCAAGAAGUUUGCCGAGUGCUGCGAGGACAUCGAUCAUCCAAGGCCCCACCCCCCUGCCUGCAGUGACCCGCCUGUCCUGUUUGUAGGGAAGUAA